AAAAAAUCUACGUGAAUGUAAACGAAUGUGAUUGCAGUAACAUUCAUUCAGAUUGGUCAGAAUGAUGAUGACGUCUCCAGAGAAACUGAAGAAGAAGCCUCCAAAGGACAGUCUGACGCUGCUGCCAUGUUUCUACUUUGUGGAGCUGCCGAUCGUGGCCUCCUCCAUGGUCUCCCUGUACUUCCUGGAGCUCACAGACCUGGUGCAGCCCGCUCAGGUGGGCUUCCGUUGCCAUGACCGUGACCUCAGCAUGCCCUAUGUGGACGGAGGAGAUGAGCUCAUACCCCUGCUCAUGCUGCUCAGCCUCGCCUUCGCUGGACCCGCAGCAUCGAUCAUGGUUGUGGAGGGCUUGAUCUACUGCCUCCAGUCCAGGCUGAAGCUGCGUCGGCCUGAGGGGAGCAUCAACGCAGGGGGCUGCAACUUCAACUCUUUCCUCCGGCGCACCGUCCGCUUCGUAGGCGUGCACGUGUUUGGCCUGUGUGCCACGGCUCUGGUCACUGACAUCAUCCAGCUGGCCACAGGAUAUCACGCCCCCUUCUUCCUGACUGUGUGCAAACCCAACUACACCCAGACCGGAGUGUCAUGUGACCAGAACCCCUACAUCACCAAAGACAUCUGCUCCGGGCACGACCAGCACGCCAUCAUGGCCGCCAGGAAGACAUUCCCCUCUCAACACGCCACGCUGUCGGCCUUUGCAGCAGUCUAUGUCUCUAUGUACUUUAACUCCACCAUCUCGGACAGUACCAAGCUGCUGAAGCCGGUGUUGGUGUUUGCCUUUGCCAUCGCUGCGGCUCUGACCGGUCUGACCCAGAUCACACAGCACCGCUCUCACCCCAUUGACGUCUACGUGGGCUUCCUCAUCGGGGCCUUCAUCGCCGCUUACCUGGCUCUCCAUGCUGUGGCCAACUUCAAGUCUGCAGAAGACGUGGUCCCAACUCCCCCACCCCCUCUCCCUAAAGAGGACCCACUGCGCGCCUUAACCGAGCGUGGCCAUGAGUCUGUGUACAACAAGGGCCCAGCCUCAGCUUCAGAGAGCAACGACGAGAUCGCCACUAACCCCACUCCACUCAACCGCCUGGAAGGCCUGAGCCAACUGCAGCGCGAGAAGGGUUCGGUGGAGAACCUGAAGCGGGCCAGUGUGGACGUGGAACUCCUGGCCCCACGCAGUCCCAUGGGCAAGGAGACAAUGCUAACAUUUAGCAAUACUCUUCCGCGCGCUAGUAUUAAUGCUAACGGUGUUCUCGGAGCAAAUGAUGCAGCAGAGGAAACAGUCGUCCAGCCAGUCCAACCUGUCCAGCGGAGGUUAAAGGCCGUGCAAGUCCCCCUGGACCCAAUGCGCUCACAGCAGCUGGUGUCAGAGUGGAAGCAGAAGUCCAUGGAGAUGCGUGGGUACAAGGACGAUGGAGACAGAGACGCCAGUGAGGAUGGCUCUGAGGUGGGCUCUGUAGAGACAGAUGAUGGAGGCUGCCAGGCACCCCUAUACCAGUCCCGGUCAGCCUCGUCCAGCCGCACCUCCACCCCACCACCGGGCGGCGCCAAGGCUGUGCCCACACCCCGACCACCUCAAAUCCCUGAAGCAGGUCCUCCACCUGUGUCCCCAAAGAGUGCACUAACCCGAGCUAAAUGGAUGGCCAUACGAGAGAAGACCACGGGAGACUCCUCGGCUCGAGCAGCCGCCAACCAACCCCGUUUAAUGCAGGUGAUCGCUAUGUCCAAGCAGCAAGGCCUAUUACCUAUGUCCUCCUCUGACACACCCAAAUCCUCAGAGACCACCUCCACCUGCUCCGGUGGCUCUUCUUCUAACGAAUCUCCGCACUACAAAUCCAACUCAGAAAAGCAUCGCGACGGCCCUGGCAUCGUGACGGUAGAUGCCCACGCUCCACAUCAUCCGAUUGUACAGGCUGCGCAGAUCCCCCAAGCCCCUCCCCUUUCCGGAAACCCGUGGGAGUGGGCAGCGAAUGGUGCGGACAAUCGCGAUACUUAUGAUCUGAACAACAUGAAGCGGAGGGAUUUGGCUGCGCAGGGCAGCAGUUUCCGACCACAGCAGAGGUCCGGUUCACCACUUUCGCCCAUUCUGGCCGAUGCGCACGCGGACAUGGAGGGGCAGCGUCGGGAAAUGGCCAUGAGACGCAAAACGGCGCUGGUGCUGUUGGAUCGGGAUGUGCGUAACCAGGCCGAUGCCGAACGCUACUACAAGAGCCUCCAGGGACGCCGCUACAGGGAGUAGUGGGGUGUCUUCUCCUUUAAAAGCCUUAUUUUUGUGACAUUUUCCGAAGCAGCAGAACGAACAUGAUGCUAUGCAGAAUCAAGCGGGAAAUGAGCCUCUCAAUCUAACACUUCGCAAAAGCCAUCUCCUCAGCUCCACCGCUAAGCCUCAUGAGAGUUGUAGUGUUCAGAGCCAUUUCACAGCCAUGAGGUGAGAGAAGAGCUAGGCAGAAAUAGCAUCGAUUAUGAGUGAGGGAGG